AUUCUUCAUCUCCACUGCUACAAUUAACUCUCACUCUGGUUUUGGUUAAUAAUUAAUUAAUCACUGGAGAGGUGAAAAUGGGUUCAUCAUUGGGUUUUAUGGUAACCAGUUCCAAAAGCUGUACUUGGUUUACUGGUGCAUUUUUGUUACUGCUUUUCAGUAGUACAAUUACUACUACAUGCACCGCUAAUAAUCUCCAACCGUCGUCGUUUUACGACAAAACUUGUCCGCAAGCUCUUCUGACCAUACAACAAACCAUCAAAAAAGCGGUUUCGCGGGAGCGUCGCAUGGCGGCUUCUCUCAUUCGGCUUCAUUUCCAUGACUGCUUUGUUCAGGGAUGUGAUGCAUCGAUUUUACUUAAGAAUUCAUCUACAAUCAGAACCGAAGAAGAUGCACUCCAAAAUCGAAAUUCGAUAAGAGGAUUUGAAGUGAUAGAUGAAGCCAAGUCACUACUGGAGAAAAAAUGUGCUGGAGUUGUUUCAUGUGCAGAUAUUCUUGCUGUGGCUGCUCGAGAUGCAUCAGUUGCUGUUGGUGGACCCUCUUGGAAUGUGAAGCUUGGAAGAAGAGAUUCUACAACGGCAAACUUAGCCGAAGCCCAAAGAGAUCUUCCACUUACCAAUUUAAGUGUUAGCGGCCUUAUUUCUAACUUUGCAAAAAAAGGCCUCAACAAAAGAGACAUGGUUGCAUUAUCAGGUUCACAUACAAUUGGGCGAGCUCGUUGUACGACUUUUCGUAGUAGAAUCUACAACGAUAGUAAUAUUGAUGGUAACUUUGCUAGACUUCGCCAGAGUGGUUGUCCUAGCAGCAGAGGCGAUAACAAUUUGGCAGAUCUUGAUUUGGUGACACCCAAUAAUUUUGACAAUAACUACUUCAAGAAUUUGUUAAAGGAGAAGGGUCUUCUAGCAUCGGACCAAAUACUUUUCAGCGGUGGUCAAACUGACAAUAUUGUGACUGAGUACACCAAAAACACAAACACUUUCAGUAAUGAUUUUGCUUUGGCCAUGGUUAAAAUGGGAGAUAUUGAACCUCUUCUUGGUUCAGCUGGCCAAAUAAGAAAGACUUGCCGUGCUGUUAAUUAGCAAGAAUUUAUCAUCAGACGGUCAUCUAAGCAAAAUAAUAUCUAAUAAAUAAGAGAGUUGUUAUUCUAUGGUUUAUUAGUAAUAUUUCAUAAUAAUUAUUGAAUUAAAAUAUGUAAGAUGUCAUAUUGGAUUGCACCAAUAGUGAUGCUCAAUAAAUAAUGUUGUAUUGUGUUAA